AAGAAAGUCUGUACGUGGACGUGGAUUCGGACCACAUAUCGUCACAGGACAUCCACACCCCGGUCCUGAUAGGAAAAACCAUGGCGGAAAUCAUUACACCUGACGCUACACUGACAGACGGUGACGGGAGACAUUACAACAACGUACUGGUGACGUCACCGGUGUCAAGAGCAGGGCCAGGAGGUCAAGGUCACAGCCACAAUCCUGGAACGUAUGACGUCAUUGCGGAUCCAGCCAGGGAAGCUUUUGCACCUGAUGAAAUGGACGGUCCGUCUUCUUCCCUGCAGAACGAUUCCACAGGAAAAGGGACCUAUGUGGACAAGGGGAAAAACAAGAAAGCAAGAGCCAGUCCUUAUGCCAACGUGAAUGACGACAACAAAGAGAAACCAAGAACCAGUCCUUAUGCCAACGUGAAUAACGAUAACGUGUCUGGUAGCGUGUGGUUCCAGAAGAAGAAAAGAUGAAACACAGGACAAGACGCAACAGCUAUUUAUGUCUUGAACCUGACUGCGUAUUUUUUUCUUUGAGUUCCCCUGCUAUUUCUAAGGGACAGUCGACUGUUGGUUCUUUAAUUUGAAAUGCAACUGAUUUUUAUGUAUUAAACAGUGUUUCUAACUUUGUAGCGCCCUAUGCCGUCAGGCAGCCACAAUCCAAUUUCAAAGGUACUCUACUAUAAUAUAUUUUUUAUAGUGACAAGAGAUUUCUGUUUUGGUAGAAAUUGAUUUUGGAUUUUGCCUGAGUAGCGACAAAAGCAUACUCUUAUCAAUUUUAAGGACCACCAAGGGAUCUUAAACGUACGAAUCUUGCACACGGGACCUCCGAGAUUUUUCGCCCUUAUCUGAGAUGGCUGACAGUAAUAGAAGUAGCCAGGAGUAGCAGUUGAAAGAGUUGGGAAUAAAGGAGAGUGAACCAGGAGAAGUCCGGGCAUUGAGGGGAGGAGGAGGGGGGGGGGGCGAGAUGGAAGCAGAUGACAGAACAGGACAAGAAAACAGGACAAGAGAUGAAAGGAAGACACACUUAGAGAAGGAAGUUUUUUCGUGACCUGCAGUUUUUGAUCCCGGGACCUUUUGAAUGAGAAGCGAACAGUGUACCUCUAGACCAUGAGAGCCCGUACAGAAUUUUGGUUCUUACAAAAUAGUUUAUCUCAUCGGACAGAAUGAUCCGAACUCACACUGUGACUUCUAUUCAAUUCAAAAUCCUCUCCCCACCACACCAUUCCUCAUUGCCAUUCAUGUAUUAUUAUUUUUUUAUGGAUAAUCCGCGUUCCUUGCCCAAAAUAUUCUAGAGUGGUGUCCUCUUAAAGCAGGCUCUGUUGGUGUCGUGCAGUUUGUCCAAGAGCUGUCACAGUCAAAGCUUGUAGACAAGAAACACAUUCUUAUUUAAACUGUCUUCCUUAACCACUUCUCUAAUCUGACCUCCUUAGAGGAACUCAUUUAUUGUACUUAGACCACACUGCUCAUUAAAUACAGACAGACUGACAAUAUAUAUAUGUGUAGCAUCAUCAUCAUCUUUGUAGGCACAAAUCAUCGACCAGCUGUUCAGAUGUACUGAGCCCAACAUUAAAAAAGAAUGUUUAAGUAGUUUCUUAAUCUGCAAUAUCGGUUGCAUAUGCUUAAGAAAAAUUCUGUCGAAACUCAAAUUGUAAUGUUGAAAGCGAGUGGCUGGUGGGUGCUCGGGUGUGUUUUGCUCCUUCUUUACUAUCAAACAUCUGUCGUCCUUAUCUCUUUUCCUUCUUUUUUGUGAUUUUACUCUCUUGUAACACUUCUUCUAAUCUUCGGCAUUUAUAUGACUAUAUUGUGUUGCAAGUGCCGUAAAACGUAAAACUAUUACUAAAACGAAAAACUAAAAUGUUGAAAAAUGCAAGGAAAUAUAUACAUGAAGGCUAUAACAUAGCGCCGAUUGUUUAAGUAUUGAAAUUUAGUUUUUGCUUUCCCCCUCAUCUGGAGAAUUUUGCUUUCUCGGCUUAGUACAUGUGAAGAGGUUGCCGGCGUUAUACUGUAUAUGUAUUUAUGGAUGUCAAUGCUAUUAAAAACCAGAUGUCACCUCAUUGAUAUUAACGCACAUGCAAAGGUGGAACUGAUUUAUUCGCUUGUUUUCUUUUUCUUUUGUUUUGUAUUUUGGUGUUUUUUGUUUUGCAUGAAUACAAAUUAUUGCAACAUUGAACAACUUUUGAAAACAGGUCAUAAACUCCCCCACCGCCUCCCCCCUUUUUUUCUUCACUCCCUCAAAUUGCCUGAGGCUACAAUUAAUCACAAACAUUGAGGUGGACAUUGGAGGAAUGGCGGGGAUGUGGGGGGGGGGGGGUAUAUUGCUUAUUAAAUAAUUACUCAUUUUGUAUAAAUAGCAAACAUAAACUCUCCUUGCAACCAAAUCUACCAAUUACAGCCAUACAUUUAUAGCUUCACAUUCUAUUAGCCAAAGAUGAGUGCUUUAUUUGUAAAAAAAAAAUAUUAAAAAAAACCCCAUUCGCC